CUACUGCACCCAAGGAGUCCAAAACCAUGUUUUUCUCCAAUGAAAUGCCAUCUUUGUACUCGGUUUUCACAGUCAUGGCUUCCAUUACGGCCUCCAUGGUGUUUUUCCAGUCCAUGAUUAACCAAAUCAUACCCAAACAGGUGAGCAACUACCUUAUUUCCUUGCUCCAGGACUUGUUCAAAGCUCACGCCCCGACCAUAACCUUCAUCUUCGAAAAGGGCAGCGAAUACGGCACCCGCAACCAGAUCUACGACGCGGCCAGCGUUUACAUCACCACCCUCAAACGUAGCCCCGAAACCAGAAGGCUCAGGGUUCGCAAAAGCCCUAAAGAGAAAGCUUUGGUCUUUCGUCUGGACGACGGCGAGAUGGUAACCGACUUGUACGAGGGUGUCGAGCUUGAGUGGCGAUUCGUACUUCGUACAGAGUCGGACAAGGACAGCGGCGGCGAAAGCUACGAGAAGCGGCUGUACGAGCUGAGCUUUCACAAGAAACACGAAGACAAAGUUUCAAAAUCCUAUAUCCCUUUCGUACUCGAGAGAGCUAAAGCCAUUGAUGAAGAGAAUAGGUAUUUGAAGAUGCACACUCUGAACAUGGGGUUCAACGGCCCUUGUCUCGGUGUCAACUGGCAACCUGUUAAUCUCGAGCACCCAGCAACGUUCGACACUUUGGCCAUGAACCAGAGCAAAAAGACUAAUAUUAUUGAGGAUCUCGACAGGUUUGUGAGGAGGAAAGAGUUUUACAAGAAAGUUGGGAGAGCAUGGAAACGAGGGUACUUGUUGUUUGGGCCUCCGGGGACUGGUAAAUCGAGCUUGGUGGCCGCCAUGGCUAACCACCUUAAGUUCGAUAUAUAUGACUUGCAACUUGGUAAUAUACAAAGAGACUCUGACCUCAGAAGGUUGCUUCUAGCAACCGAAAACAGGUCCAUUCUCGUCAUUGAAGACAUUGAUUGCAGUGUUCGACUCCCUGAUCGUCUCAACGGAGAAGGAGAGCAUCAACUCAUCAGGUCUGACAACCCAAACGACAAGAAAAAUGUUUUGACAUUAUCUGGGCUACUGAACUUCAUAGAUGGAUUAUGGUCAAGUUGUGGAGAUGAAAGGAUCGUCAUAUUCACCACAAACCACAAGGAGAAGUUAGAACCAGCUCUCUUGCGACCUGGCCGCAUGGACGUGCAUAUUCACAUGGGCUACUGUACUUACGAGGCAUUCAAGCAAUUGGCCUCAAAUUACUUGGAAGCCUCUGGUGACCACCAACUCUAUGGUGAGAUCAAAGACUUACUCGAACAAGUAGAGGUGACUCCAGCCCAAGUUGCAGAGGAGUUCUUGAAGCACGAUGAUGCUGAUUCUGCACUCGAGCAACUUGUCAAUCUUCUUAGAAGAAUGAAUAACAUGGAAGGCGAUCUUCUCGAUCACUACUCUGAGGCUAUAUAUGGUCAAUAAUCAAAAGAUAUGUAUACGGCAAAUCUGCUAGCCUAGCCAGUUGUAUGUAUACAUGAUGACAUGUGUACUGUACUCUCUCUCAUAUUUCUACGUUGCAUUGCAUGAUUUUGUUAAAUAAUAUUGAGUUGCAGCCAUACUAGAUACAAUUAAGAGUAAGCUUUUUAUUGUUGGGGAUCAGAAGAAAUAUUUUAUUAAUUUUACCCAAUAAGCUUCUAUUUCGUGUUGACUACCUUUUUUGUUGGGGACCAGAAAUAAUAUUUUAUUUUG